AUGUAUUAUCCCUACACCCAGCAGGAAGAGGUCACAGGGAGCUGGGCGUCAUAUACAGCUCAUGAAAGCUAUCCACCCCAACCUCCCCAUCCCCCGACUUCAUUGUGGUACGCUGCACAAACAGAUGGUCCGGGUCCAUCGUACGGCGGUCCCAGUCAUGGCUCGUCGCCCUACCCUGCGCAAUACGGCCGGCCAUCAUUCUCACAGUCGGACUACGCACCCGUCUCUUCGGCCCCGGGAAACGAAGAGGAGCCUGCGGCUGCCAACGGAGCCGAAGGAACGAGUACACCAGUCAACGGUACUGCCAAGGAGAAGUCAGCCGGGAACAAGAAGAAGAAGCGGAAGAGCGAGAGGGAGCCCAGCGUAGGGAGUGGAGAUGCGGCCGACAAGGACAGGGAGAAGAGGAUCAAGACCGGGAGAGCGUGUGAUGCUUGUCGGAGCAAGAAGAUCCGGUGCGAUAUCCUAUCAGCUGGCGAAUCAGAUGCCGAAGGUCGGCCUCCCCUCUGCGCCCACUGCAAGCAGUACAAACUGGAGUGCACCUUUUUCCUACCCAUCACCGAGACGAGGUUCAAGAGAAAGAAAGCAGCCCCGGCAGUGAGCUUUGCUGAUCAGCCAGAGAAAGAGGUUGAACCAGCGGUGAAUUAUACGGAAAGUCCAGUGCGGCCGCCAGGGGAAGUUCCAGGCCGAAUAGAAGGUCCAACUUCUUUAUCCUUCCUCCUUCACACCUCACUCCCCGCAUCCGCCUCAGAAGCAUACGAUCUGCGGUAUCAUCACUCCUGGGAAGUCUCCGAGGACGGCAACGGUCUCAUCCGGGUCAAAGCCCCACCCUCCAGCAACGACGGGCGAUACGGCGAGAACGGCGAGAACGGUGAUCCCUCACAUACCCACAACAAACUCAAUCGGCCGGUCAUCAACGCCCGAACCAUCUCGCUUCUCGUCAAUGCGUAUUUCGACCACUUGGCUCACCUCUUUCCCGUCAUCUCCCGGUCGGAAUUCGCGGCGAAGCAGACCCCGCCGCCUUUACUGCUGUACAGCAUCUGCGGAGUGGGGUCGACGAGAAGGGAGUUUCCAAGGGAGAUCUUCGCUGGAGUGAGGGGUAUCAUCAAUGGCUUGCUGAGGAGUAACGAUAUUCUGAGCGAUGCGCGGAUAGAGAAUGUCCAGGCUCUGCUUGUACUGGCUCAAGUCGGUGAUCUACAUGCUCAGCCCACCGCAGCCACGGCCAGCGCCUCGUUGAUGCGAACCGGUUCUGCUAUCCGCAUGGCGCAAGAUCUCGGGCUGCAUCGCGAAUCCCACGUCCGCGCCCAGACACCCAAAGACCUAGCCUACGUCGAGCUCCGUCGGCGAAUCUGGGCAACCUGCGUCAUCAUGGACAGAUGGUACGGCGCCGCACUCGGGAUACCCCUCACGGUCGACCUGCUCGACUGCGACGUCCUCCUGCCGGCCGGAUACGACAUCAUACAGGACCAGAACCCAUCUACGUGGCCGAUCGAGCCGUCCUUUUUGGCAUUGACGGAGCAUCUCAAGCUUAGUAUACUGGUCGGAAGGGUGUUGAAGACGAUAUAUAGCCCGACGGGGCUCAAACACGCCACGGACGAGCAGCUGUAUUCGAUCCUGGAGGAUAUGCGGGCGUGGAAGGAGGGACUGCCGGAGGGGUUGCGAUUAGAAGGACCAAAGUCGAGCUUUGCCACCGGUCUGCUUCAUCUUGCCUAUACCACGCUCCACUUCCUACUCUGGCGCCCGUUCAUGCGGAUCACGUACAUCUGCCCGCCACAUCUCCAAUUCGCCCUCGAGACGAUGCACUGGUCCGAGAUGGCCAUGUGGGCGACCGAGGCGCUCGACUGGCUCAAUCACAAUCCCGAGGCACUCGAUACGGUCUUUGUAUACUCGUACGCCGCGACGAGCUGCGCAUUGGUGCAGUAUCAUACCUGGGUGCGGAGGCGGGAGCCGGGGAGUCUGGAGAGUCUGAAGCAGGUCCGCGAGACGGCCUUGAGGUGGGAAGAGGCGGUACAGCCUGACCAAAUGUCGAUCCGGCGCAAAACGUGCGAGACCAUGACACUCUUGUACGAAGCAGCGCUCAAGACCAAUCCCGAAGACGAUCGGCCACCGGCGAUCAACCCUACCGCCGGCGUCCAGCAUCGUCCCGCACUCGGCAAAGCCAUCUGGAAACGGGACACUUUAAACCCGUACGGCGGGAUCUGGGUCGCGCAGGACAACGAGGAGAAGGAGGAUUCGGGUCUGACGGAAAACUCGGUGGUGAUUAUGGGGGAUGUGGGCAAGGAGCGUCCGCCGCCCGAGAUGGAGAGUACGGACCCCUCCAUCCGCCAGACGCACGGACCGCCGGACGAUCCCAUGCAAGUCUUCAGGGAUAUGCAGAUGGCGGGGAGUAGCGUCAAUGUCAAUCCGCAGAUGAACUUUGCUGGGCUUGACUUUGGGGGGGAUGUCAGCGGAAUGGCCAAUGGGUUUGCCGAUGUGAGUUGUUGA